AUGUCCAAAUAUUUGAUGUACCUGUGCUUUCUGCUCCUGUGGAGUCAGCAAUCAAGUGCCGAUCACUUUGAUGAGUGUGAUGGAGCAGAAGACGAGUCAUUUGUCCAAAGCUGGGAUAGUUGCCAGUCCUAUGUGUAUUGCCAGGGCGAGGAUUCAUCGAAAGGUGAUUGUGAUGAAGGUGAAUACUUCGACGCCGAGACUGGAGGCUGCGAUGUGGCUGCCAAUGUUCAGUGUUUUCUGGACGAAGUCGAUGAACCAGCCGAGCCUGAACCGGAGCCCGAGGACGAGGACGAGGUGGUGACACCAGUCACUCUACAGCCAACGGAACCAACAACAGAGGCACCUACGGAAGUGGAUUUCCUGAAUAUUGCACCGGUUGUAAAGCCAAAUUGUCCGAUCAGCGAUGAUCCCAGUCAGGUUAUAAUGAUGCCCAGCAACGAAUCAUGCACCAACUAUUAUCUAUGCUAUCACGGACAUGCCAUGGAAAUGCACUGUACGAAUCAGUUGUACUUCAAUGCCUUAACCGGACAGUGCGACCAUCGGGAGAACGUUCAAUGUUCACUGGAAGAUUCGCGGGAUCAUAAGUGCCUGCCCCACAUGACCGAGUUCUUUCCGCAUCCGGAAAAAUGCAAUUAUUUUUAUUAUUGCAUUAAAGGUUUUUUGACUUUGCAACAGUGUCCCUUCUACUAUGGAUGGGAUAUCGAGCGAAGGAGUUGUGUGCAGAUAAAUGUGGCGAAAUGUUACGGAAACUCCCGACGAACUGAGUUUGUUCAUUGUGAUGGAGAUGAUUCUUACUACUGCAAUGGAGAUUGUCGGGAGCCCGUAGAGUGUUAUAUUGAAGACAUAACUACAGAAGUUCCAAAGGAAGUAACAACUUUAAAACCACUGCCUCCUAGCACAUCUACGGAAAAAUCUACCACACCAGAUGAACAACCAAAGCCUGUAAACACAACCACCCAGAGCACCACAUCUUCGACUUCAACGUCAACUAUAAGUACCACUACAACACCAAGCAACGAUAUCCAUUUUAGUUUACGAAACGAGCCAGAGAAGAUGCUCCCAGCUUUUGGAUCCUUCUUAAUAUCUUUCCUGUUCCCGGGCCUAUGCCUGGCGGAUGUAUUUGAGGAAUGCAAUGAGGGGAUUAAUUUGGCAUUCAUUACCUCACCAAAGAGCUGCGCCCAUUACAUUUUCUGCAAUGGUGAUGAAUCAUACGAUGGUGAAUGUGAGGACGGUGAAUACUUCAGCCCCGAUAUGGAAAUGUGUGAGCCAAUGGGAGAUAUUGAUUGCCGCACGGGACUGGCAUUAACAGACAAUAAUGCCAAUAACUCUACGGAAGUUAAUUCCGAAGCUCCUGACACUUCCGUGGAUCCUCCUUCAACUUCAGCAGUGGUAAACUCCACAUUGGCACCCACAUCGGCAGCUGUUACUGUGCGUCCUACAAGUAAUGAAACUGGAACCACUUCAUCUACAGUUAUAUCGCACAGUAUAGACGUUAUUGUAGGCAAUAUGUGUCCACAACUGGAUAAUCAAAGCCGUAUUGUAUUAUUGCCAAAUCAAAACUCCUGCACUGAUUAUUAUAUUUGUUAUCGUGGCGAGUCGCUACCAAUGAGCUGUGCUGCCAGUUUGCAUUUUAAUUCUCGCUCUGGCAAAUGCGAUCAUCCGGAAAAUGCCAAAUGCAUGACGAUGACAUCUAAUCCUAGAGAGCAAUGCAAACGCAACACCAUCGAUGUCUAUCCCCAUCCGGACAAUUGUAAUUACUUUUAUCAGUGUCGUCUUGGUUAUUUGAUAGUGCAGCAGUGCCCGUUCUUUUACGGAUGGGAUUACGAGAAGCGAUCCUGUGUAGCGCUAAGUCAAGCAAAAUGCUAUAACAAAGUGCAAGUGCAGAUGAAAUUAAAAUAAAGAUAAACACAUA